AUGCACCGUGUUUGUUUUUACAAUUUCCAGACAGGUGAUCCGUCGCAGAUGCUCGCCAAAGGACAACCUGAGUUAGAGUCCGAUGACAUCUCAACACCUGUUUUGCCAGAAGAAGUGAAUGCCGGUGCAGAUGGUGCCAAGAAAGCAGUUCGUUUUGGAAGCUUGCAUGUUGCUGCAAAGCCUUUGCCUGCCGAUGCACUUGCCACCAUGUCAGAACAUCCAAAUGCCUCCAGCAGUUUCAACAGCCAGCGUGAUUUUUGGAUUUCUCAUGGAAGACAUGGCCUGAUUCGUGUGCAUGUGGAACCUCGUUCAGGCACCACAACCUUUUUGCUUGCGAAGUACCAUGGUUUGAAGACUGGAGUGAAUUUUGAAUUGUCUUGCGGCAUUGACCUCAGCAAAGAUGCAGAUAUCCGAUAUCUCUUUGCGUACAUCCGUAGAAAUAAGCCUAAAGUGAUUCUUCUUGCGCCACCUUGUAAGGGUUACUCUAAGUGGGGCCAUCUCAAUAAGAAAAUCAACUAUGAAGCUUGGCUGAACAGCCGAAAGUUGAGUGUUCCUUUGGCCCGACUUAGCGGCGAUGUUGCUGUGGAACAGUUGUCGUCCGGACGCCAUGCAUUUGUUGAGCAGCCGCACGGCAGUGGUCUGUUUGAAGAGCCUGAAUGGUUGAAACUCCGACCACAUCUUUUCACUGCAGUUUUCGAUCAAUGUAUGACAGGAUUGCGAAUGCCGAAGUCUCCAUGGUGGCCUGUUCGAAAGACGACUGAAUGCAAGGCCACCCAUCCUUUGCUUUUGAUUCACCUUCAGAACUUGCGAUGUGAUGGAAGUCAUCCUCAUGCGCAUAUUGGGAGUUGGUCUGACUCUGAUAAGCCAACUGUGAAGAGUUGUGAUAUGCAAGUUUGGCCCAUUGCUCUUUGCCAACGCAUUGCUGCUGGGGUGGUUGAAUGUAUCCAUGACAUGAUGUCUAAGGAAUGCAAAGCUCAGUACUUUCCAACAGCCAGUACUGCAGCCGGUGAGCCAGCCGAUGGUGAGGGCAGAGGAGAUGGAGUUCCAGGCGAUGCGCAGCCAGCCCUAGCUGAUGUUGAAUCAGCUGAGUGUCCUGAGAUCUUGAGCCCUGAAGAGGCUGAGGAACGGAGAAAGGACAAAGCGCAGCCCUUGAAGCGCAGAUCCAAUUCUGAAGUUCAGGUUGAAGAGCCUAGGCUGAUGGAGCGACCCAAUGCUCCUGCUGAUGAUGCAGUUGCCUUGCCUGCCGAGCAAGCUGUAGCAGCUGUUGCACAGCCUCCCAAAGAUGGCCUGCCAGCUUGGACGCAGCACGACCUUGGCUUCGCGCUCCAGCAAUUGAGGUCAAUCAGAGAAGGAGUAGUUAGGCGCACCCUGCGCAAAUUGCACCUGCGAUGGUAUCAUGUGGGUUCUAGAAAGAUGCAAGUGUUGUUGGAAGCUGCCGGUGUUAAUCCUCAGAUCCUUGCGAUGAUUCCCUCCAUCAUCGAAGGCGGCUUGAUCACAGAUCUUGUGGGAGACUGGCUGGACCGAAGAGGCAUUCAGGUAUGUUUUCGUGCCAGAGGACAGCACUGCGGAAUGGUUGAACGCCAUAAUGAAAUCCUCCGUCGUCAAUUGCACUUACUGGAGGAUCAAUCCAAUGCUGAAGGAUUAGCCGUGACGUUCUCGACAGUGCUGGCCGAAGCAGUGUUUGCAAAGAAUGCCAUGUUCAUGUUCCAGUUAGGCAAUGCCACUCCUUAUGAGGCCAUUUUUGGCCGUCAUCCGCCGCUGAUGGCAACGGUCAGCGAAGAGUCCGGUGAAGGGAUUUCUGACCAAGAUGCCUACACCAUUCGAAGACUUGCCAUUAGUAGUAUGAUCCAAGCCACUGCAGACUCCAAAGCCAGGAUUGCAGAUUCAUCCAAGACACGUAGAUCAGGAGAACUUCUUGAAUUGAAACUUGGUGAUUUGGUUGAAUUCUACAGAAAGCCCAUGAACAAACCGCCUGAGUUGUUGCUGCCUGGCAACAUGCUGACCUAUGUGACGCUGUUAACAACACGUCACAGCCCAAAGCUCAAUCUUAAUGAGCCGCCUGAGUUGUUGCUGCCUGGCAACAUGCUGACCUAUGUGACGCUGUCCACGACACGUCACAGCCCAAAGCUCAAUCUUAAUGAAUGGCUGUGUCUCAGCUUUGCAUCCAGUGCCGAAACCACUGCAGUGAUCGAAAGGCAGUCCACAGAUACCUAUGCUGGGACAUCCACUCGAUGGGGACAGAGACUCCUUGUCACGAUAGCAGUGCAGCGAAAGUGGGCUCUUUGGAGUGCCGACAUUUCAGAAGCUUUCUUACGGGGACUGACGUUCCGUGAGCUGCACGAAGAAGGUGGUGAGUUGCGUGAGGUUCAGAUCACGCUUCCACCGGGUGGUGAACAUCUCCUUCGCACCAUCCAGGGCUACUCAGACUUCGAUCCUGAUGCUGAAGUGUUGGUGAUGUUGAAGCCGGGUUUUGGUUUGAAAGAUGCUCCAAGAUUGUGGUUGAAAGCUCUCAAACGCGUGUUGACUAAGAUAGGUGUUAGUCCCACUAAAGUUGAUCCACAGCUGUUGUGCAUGCACCGCAAUGGUGAACUGGUCUUGCUGAUGACCAUUCAUGUUGAUGACAUAAAGCUGUGUGGACAUCCGUCCAUCAUGCAAGAUGUGGUGAAACAGCUUGAGAGCCACUUUGAUGCAGUUAAGUUGGAGAAGGACAAUUUCGUCCAUCUAGGUCGACAACCUUGCACCUUGGAUCGUGGCCGCAGCUUGUCAAGCAAUUCUCAAGUUCCUUUGCAUGCCCCGAGACUGAUCGUGCAUCCGUUCCUGCUGGCUAGUCGAAUCUCGAUAAGCCCAUUGGAAGACUAUGCGACAUCCCGCUGUGGAAAAGGGCAGAGCUGCGAAUGUGGC